AUGGACAGGAGUUGGAUGUCUAUUAAGAACUACCUAGACCCCAAGUAUUUAGAUGGAGUUGAUGAAUUUAUUAAGUUUGCUUUUCUAGGCAAGGAUCCUAAUUGUAAACUGCCAUGUCCUUGCAAAGUAUGCAAUAAUUUUGAGGAUCAAACUAAGGAAGUCAUGGCCAAUCACUUGUGUCGAGGAAUUGUUGAUAGUUAUACUAGGUGGAUAUAUCAUGGCGAAGGGUUUGAAUCUGAUGAUGAGGAUGAUGACAUAGAAAUAAAUGACAACGAUAGUGACUUUGACAGUAUGGAGGAGCUGUUAAAUGAUGUAGGAGUUGCUAACUUUGGUGAGAGUUGGAGACAUUCACCGGAACUUGAUACGGGUGCUUGUACCGAGAAAGAAGGAGAAGCAAGUAGGUUUCUAAGAUUAUUAUCGGAGGCUGAAAAAUCUCUAUACCCAGGCUGUGAAAAGUAUUCAAAACUCUCGUUUAUUGUCCAUAUCCUCCACUUGAAAACAAUGAAUCGGUGGACUUGUAAAUCUACUGAUAUGUUGCUGAAGUUCUUGCAUCAAGUAUUUCCUACAGCUUUGAUUCCCAGUUCAUAUUACGAGGCAAAAAAUUUCAUCCGUGAGUUGGGGCUGAAGUGUGAAAAGAUCCACGCCUGUGAAAAUGAUUGCGCACUCUUUUGGAAUGAAAAUAAAGGCCUUGAUCAUUGUCCAAAUGAAAAAUGUAAAGCACCGCGGUAUAAAUCUCCAAAUUCCAAAAUACCUAGAAAGGUGUUGCGUUAUUUUCCAUUAAAACCAAGGCUGCAAAGACUGUUUGUGAACAAAGAGAUUGCUCGGGAUAUGAGGUGGCAUAAGGAGAGACGUGUAGAUAAUGAGAACAUGAUGCGACACCCUGCUGAUUCAUUAGCUUGGAAGGAUUUUGAUAGAAAUCACAAGUCCUUCGCUGAAGAUCCUAGAAAUGUGAGGCUAGGACUUGCUAGUGAUGGCUUUAAUCCCUUUGGAACCAUGAGCAAUUCAUACAGUAUAUGGCCUGUUAUCCUUGUUCCUUACAAUCUACCUCCUUGGAAAUGCUUAAAAGAUCCAUUUUUUUUCCUAUCAAUGAUUAUUCCUGGUCCCAAAGCACCUGGAAAUGACAUUGACAUAUUCUUUAGACCACUAGUUGAUGAGUUAAAAGAGUUAUUUGCCACUGGUGUGGAGACAUAUGAUGCCUUCAGGGAGGAGAAGUUCAUGUUACGUGCAGCACUUUUGUGGACAAUAAACGAUUUUCCAGCAUAUGGCUAUUUGUCGGGAUGGAGUACAAAAGGGUACAAGGCAUGUCCUGUGUGCUUAGAUGAGACGACUAGUCUAUAUCUUAAUAAUGGUCACAAAUGUUGUUACAUGGGCCAUCGCCGUUUUCUACCUAUUGAUCAUAAAUGGCGUCGAGAAAAAAAACAAUUUAAUGGAGAAAGAGAACAUAGACAGCCUCCUAGGACCCUAUCAGGUGAGGAAGUCCUCCAACAACUUCUUCGUAUUGAGCAAGUUGAGUUUGGCAAGGCACCUGAUUUGCUGCAACAGAAGAAAAGAAAACGCGUGCAGAACAGUUCAAAUUGGAAGAAGAUGAGCAUAUUCUUUGAACUUCCAUAUUGGAGUACCAAUAAAAUUAGACAUAAUUUGGAUAUUAUGCACAUUGUCAAGAAUGUAUGUGAAUCUUUGGUAGGUACAUUAAUGAAUAUCCCUUCGAGAACUAAGGACACAUGGCAGGCUAGGGAGGAUUUAAAAGAAAUGGGAUUAAGGGAAGAGUUGCAUCUACAACCGGGAGGUGGCGUAUCUAAAGUUAUGUCACCUGCAUGUUACACUUUAUCACGCCUAGAGAAAAAGAAUUUCUGCCAGUUUUGA